AUGACCCAUGACGAAGCUACUAAGAACCAUCCAGGAGGGAUUGAAGACAUCUCCAGUGUAGAAAAGGAGGCCAGGGUGUAUUCAACAUCGGAGGAUCCACUUUUUGAUGGCCUUAACUGCAUUCUUUCAGUACCCAAAACGAGCCGUGAAACCUGAAGAUAACGUUUGGUAUGAAAACAAACCGCUGGGGGUCAACAAACUUGACGGAAUGAUGAAAGAAAUUUCCAAACUGGCGUCUCUUUCAAGAAUCUACACAAAUCAUAGUGUCAGAGCGACUGCAAUCACGCUGUGGUCCGACGCGCAAGUUCCAUCGCGGCACAUAAUGGCGACCUCUGGUCAUCGCAGUGAGGCAAGCCUUAAGAGUUACAACACUCGCCCAUCGAGUGAACAGCUAAGGGCUUGUUCAGAUAUCCUCUCUGGUGCAAUGAGUGGUGGACCACGACAGCUUAAUUCCCCUAAUGCAAUCACCAGUUCAGGAAAUCCUCUCGCGGCUGUAAAUUCGACCGUUGUUCAUUCACAG